AUGUCCCAGGACAAUCUGGCCGCCGUCCUUCACGGAGUCGAUGACCUCCGUUUGGAGCAAGUUCCCAUUCAGAGACCUCUUCCGAAUCAGGUGCUCGUUAGAGUGCACACCGUCGGAAUCUGCGGAAGUGACGUUCAUUAUUGGACUCAUGGAUCCAUUGGACCGUUUAUUGUGAAAGAACCAAUGGUACGAUGCACAUCACCCAAUAUGAUUUCCUUUUAAACCUCACAUUUUCAGAUUGUCGGUCAUGAAACGUCUGGAACUGUGGCCGAAGUGGGCAGCGCCGUGACACAUCUGAAGGUCGGCGAUCGAGUUGCGAUGGAGCCCGGACUUCCGUGCAAACUCUGUGAACACUGCAAGACCGGCCGAUACAAUCUGUGCCCGGAAAUGCGUUUCUUCGCCACUCCGCCAAUUCACGGCACCCUCGCUAGAUUUGUGGCUCAUGACGCUGACUUCUGUUUCAAGUGAGAGCUAAACUUGUAACUACGAAGAAGUUUAGUGUGUUUCAGACUCCCGGACAAUGUUUCGUUCGAAGAAGGAGCUCUUCUCGAGCCGCUCUCCGUUGCCAUUCACGCGUGUCGUCGUGGAAAUGUGCAAAUGGGUCAGCGAAUACUGGUUCUCGGUGCCGGGCCAAUUGGAGUUCUGAAUAUGCUCACCGCAAAGGCGGUUGGAGCCGGACGUGUGGUUAUCACGGACUUGGAUGAGGGACGUCUUGCAUUGGCAAAGAAGUUGGGAGCUGAUGCAACGAUCAAUGUUAGGUACUGUCAGGCACCUACCACUGAGCAACUAUUAUCUGUUCCUAUUGUAGGGGUAAAUCAUUGGAAACGGUGAGAGCGGAGAUAAUCAGUGCGUUAGGAGAUCAGCAGCCGCACGUCAGCAUCGAGUGUACCGGUGCGCAGCCUAGUAUCGAGACGGCGAUAACGGUGAGAAGACAGAUUGGAAACAAGAAAAACGAAGAAGAGUUUCAGACAACGAGGUCGGGCGGUGUGAUCGUUCUGGUGGGAUUGGGAUCGGAUCGAGUUGAGAUUCCGAUCAUCGAGUCGGCGACAAGAGAAGUCGAUCUCCGUGGAAUAUUCAGAUAUGUCAACUGGUGCAGAAACCCGCGCACUUUCCUCGAAUCUUUAUUAAUUCCAGCUACCCAACAGCUCUGGAACUCAUUGCUUCCGCCAAACUGGAUCUUUCCGGACUGACUCGUGCCCAUUACAAGCUGGAAGAAGUGCACGAGGCAUUCAAGCGCUCGCAGAAGGCUGAUGUCAUCAAAGUUUUCAUUCAAUGCUAA